AAGGUUAUUUCAUUCAUCAUAUAGAGUACCAAUUACCAAGGUAGCAGAUUUACUUUAAAACCAAGAUCUAAAUCCCUCCUACAAUCCUACAUAUAUAUACACCAAAAGUAUAUAACUUAUAUAUACAUCUCUUACCAAACUUAGUUCUAAUCCCAUUGCCUGAAAAAAUAAGAAUUUGAUCUAAAGUUUCUCCUAUGGCUUUUAUGAGCACAAAAACCCCUGCAUCUAAUGCUACCUGCAUUUCCAAUGCAGUUACUUUAAAUGGUAACUUUGCAUGUAUAAAAAAAUCCAAUUUCAAGAGUGGCUUCACUGAGCUGUCAUGGGUUAAGAGGGAAGGAUUUCAAAUUCAGGGUUUAUUUUGCAAAAACCCCAGUUUUAUCACUAGUGUCAGGAAGAGGAAUGAUAAUGGUGGAUUAAUAGUAAAAGCAUUUAGUGAAGAGCAGGAAGCACUGGUGGUUAAAUCCUGGAAUGCCAUGAAAAAGAAUGCUUCUGAGUUGGCUCUUAAGUUCUUCUUAAGGGUUUUUGAGAUUGCACCCACAGCAAAGAAACUGUUCUCUUUCUUAAGAGAUUCUUCUGAUGAUGUACCUUUGGAAAAGAACCCAAAACUUAAAGCACAUGCUUUAACUGUUUUCUCCAUGACUUGUGAAUCUGCUGUCAAUUUGAGGAAGGCAGGAAAGGUCACAGUGAAAGAGUCCAACUUAAAGGAUUUGGGAACGACGCACUUCAAAUAUGGAGUGGCUGAUGAACAUUUCGAGGUUGUUAGAUUCGCCUUACUCGAAACCAUAAAAGAAGCAGUUCCAGAAAUGUGGUCAGCUGAGAUGAAGGAAGCUUGGAAGGAAGCUUACGAUCAGUUAGUUGCUGCUAUCAAACAAGAAAUGAAAUCUCCAGAACAAGCUCUUCAGUGAUCAGACUAUAAAAAAUCUGAUGCUGCAGCAGCUAGGGGUUAAAUCGUUUUGACUACUGGUGUAUACGCGAACAAAAACAUAUUAAUGCAGUUUCAAACACCCUACUAUUGACCGCAAUUGGCAAGGCCCGGCCAGGUUUAACCGAAUAAUAAUGUGACACGCCAAUGGCCCAACCGCAGCUGAUACACAUUGGUGCACCCUGGCCCGGCCAUAAAA